CCGGAGGGCGCGUCAGUCAGGGCGCUCGGUGCCCUCAGGCGGAAGCGUCUCGCCCGGGAGCGGGCACUCAGGAGCAGCUGUUGAUGGAAGAGUCCGGGAGAGAGAGCUGGGACAGCGGGACAGCGUGAGCCGUGCCCGGGGCACCGUGGGCCAUUCCCAGGACACCGUGGGCCAUUCCCAGGACACCGUGGGCCAUUCCCAGGACACUGUGGGCCAUUCCCAGGACACUGUGGGCUGUGCCCAGGGCGCUGUGAGCUGUGGCCAUGGCAGGAUUCCUGGACAAUUUCCGCUGGCCGGAGUGCGAGUGCAUCGACUGGAGCGAGCGCCGCAACGCCGUCGCCUCCAUCGUGGCCGGGGUGCUGUUUUUCACAGGCUGGUGGAUCAUGAUCGACGCUGCCGUGGUCUAUCCCAAGCCGGAGCAGCUGAACCACGCCUUCCACACCUGCGGGGUCUUCUCCACACUGGCCUUCUUCAUGAUAAAUGCUGUAUCAAAUGCACAGGUGAGAGGAGACAGCUACAGUGAUGGAUGCUUAGGAAGAACAGGGGCUCGGAUCUGGCUCUUCAUCGGCUUCAUGUUGAUGUUUGGCUCCCUCAUUGCUUCCAUGUGGAUUCUCUUUGGAGCUUAUGUUACACAGAACACUAAUGUGUACCCUGGAUUAGCAGUGUUUUUCCAGAAUGCAUUAAUAUUUUUCAGCACCCUGAUCUACAAGUUUGGGAGAACAGAAGAGCUGUGGGGCUGAGCUCCCUGCUGGCUUGGUCCACAGCUGCCUCGUGGUUCUUGUCUGUAGAUAAUUCACAGUCCUUUGUCCUUGGUUUGCUUCCCAACCUGGCGGAACUGAGGCAAUUCCAGGCUCUGUCCGAAGCUCCUCCCGUGCCAGGACACACUUGGGAAUGUGUGCAUAGGACAGGAUCUGUCAUUUCAAAGGGAAGGGCAGCUGCCAGGCUUUCCUGCUCCAGCUCCAGGCUUUCUCCUGCAGAUCCCUGCCCUCCCAGCAGCUUCCUCCUGCACAGCUCCACCCGUGUCCUUGAGCAGUUAGUGAGCAACCAGGACAGAGCCCAUCCCAGAGCACGGGCCCUGCUGGGAAAAGAGCUGAUUUUAAACAUUUUAUAUUAUUGUUCAGGUAAAAAUAAAGUAGAUUUUUUUUUCUUUUCUUCUUUUGGUAAAAGGUUAUGGGUUUUUAAGCAAGUCCCUACACUCAGCAGGUUGUGCAUGGCAAAGCAAAGUAUUCCUGACUUGUGAUGGCUCUGGCACAAAGGACAUUUGCUGGCACCACAGUCCUUGGAAUUAAUUUCAUGCUGCUCAGUGUAAGAGAUACCAGUUGGUAUUUAAUGUAUUUCCUGAUAUUAGAAUAAAAAAAACUCCAACAAA